ACAGCCCCAGGGCACGGCGGCCGUCGGAGCUGAGCGCCGCACAGAGCCGCGAGGCCGGACGCCGUGUGAGGGCUGGGCGCCGGCGCUCCGGCCAUGGCAAGCGGGUGGCUGUGGCCGUGGAUGGGGCUGGCCUGGCUGCUGGGGCUGGCGCGGCUCGGAGCCUUGCCCCUGACCGCCGGACCUCGGGACGAAGUGCAGGCGGCGGCGCUACAGCGGCUGAGGGAGGUGUUCGACAUCGAGGAGCUGCCCCCCGACGUGCUGCCACGCAAAAAGCCGCCGCAGUUUAUGGUGGAUCUCUUCAACAAGGUGGCCGACGCCAACGGCAUCACCCGCGCGCCCGGGCUGCUGGAGGGAGACGUGGUGCGCAGCUUCGAGGACCGAGCUCCCGUGGAGCAGGACCGCUUCUUCUUCGACGUCAGCGCCAUGGAGAGGGGUGAGCAGGUGCUGAAGGCCGAGCUGAGGGUGUUCAAGCUGAGGAGGAGGCGCGUGGCCAGGAGAGCCGAUCCGCAGCACUUCUGCAAGGUGGAAGUGUAUGAGCUCCUGGACGGUAGAAGUAAUCCACAAAAAAAAAAUCUCAUUGCAUCAAGAUUGUUGUCUCUGUACUCAGAAGGCUGGGAAGUAUUCAACGUCACACAGACGGUUUCCAAGUGGGUUGGAAGCAGUAACUCCAACCACGGCUUUUUGAUAACUGCAACACACUUAGUCAGCAAUAGGAUUGAACACAACCUGGUUGCAUUUGCAAAGGGACAGGGCAAUUUGCAGGAGAGCAGAAAUGCUCUCCUUGUCCUCUUCACCAACAGUAAUAAACGGAGGUCUUCCAGCUUUGUACCCUCUUCUACAAAGCUGAACCCUGCCAAAAAUGAUGCUUUGUUACGUGUGCCUCGUGAAACUCUGAUAAUCAAAAACAGCAAAGAAAGGAAGAGCAGGAAGCCUCGCACUGCUGCAGCACCUUCUUCCAAAAGCCAGGUAACAGCAUGUCAUCGAAGAGAACUCUAUGUUGACUUCCAUGCCAUUGGAUGGUCAGGAUGGAUUAUUUACCCAAGUGGAUACAAUGCAUUUUACUGCAGAGGCUCCUGUCUUUUCCCCUUGGGGGAAAGUCAAAAUGCAACAAACCAUGCCACGGUUCAGUCCAUAGUCCAUACACUUAAACUGUCUCAGGAUAUCAGCACGCCCUGCUGUGUUCCAGAUGAACUGAAGUCCCUCAAUCUCCUCUACUUUGAUGACAAGGAGAAUGUGGUUCUUAAAAAUUACAAAGACAUGGUGGCAACAAGGUGUGGUUGUCAUUAACAGGAUUUUUUUUUUUUGUACGCAUUUGGCAUACACUUGGAUUCAGUUUCCUAUUUGCCACUGAAAAUACCAAAGGUUUUACCUUUGGUAUUUUGGAUUAUGGGUCAGGUGAACCAGAAGCUCACCUGCAUUUGAAAUCCUCUCACCAUGGGUGUGUGGAAAGGAGUUUUAGGCAGGUCUUCAAAGAGCCAUGGGUUUGUAAAGGCUCUGCUUACCUCUGUGGAAAACUCUGUGCCUGUAAACCAGAGGAAACCAUCAAGAACAGGAAUUUUGUUAUGUAAAAGAUCCCAAACACAUUAAGUGUGCAUUCAAACAAAGGUACUGUUUCAUAUGUUAAAGCUCUGAAUAUCCAAAGGAGUAACAGGCAUGCUAUCCCAUAGGAUAUUUAAGGGACCCAUUAUGAACAUUGAGUCCAACCUGUGGCUCCACACAGGACCACACAAAAAUCAGACCUUACAUCUGAGAACAUUUUCUGGACAUUUUGUGAACCCCAGCAGCUCAGUGCCAUAACCACUUUCCUGAGGAUCCUGUUCCAGUGCCUGACCACCCUCUUGGUAAAGAGCCUUGAUAUCUAGCCUGACCAUCACCUGUCACAGCUUUAUGCCAUUCCAUUGCGUCCUGUCACUGAGAGGGGAGCUCAACACUGCCCCUCAGCACACCCUCGUGAGGAAGCUGUAGGCCGCAAUAAGGUCUCCUCUCAUUAUCCUCUUCUCUUGGCUGAACAAACCAAGGGAUUUAAUCUGUUCUUCAAAUGUCUUUCCCUCUAGACCCUUCAUCAUCUCUGUGGUCCUCCUUUGGACACUCUUCAAUAGUUCUGUGGCCUUUUUGUACUGUGAUGGUCAAAACUGCAUGCAGUACUCAAGAUGAAGCUGCAUCAGUGCAGUGUAGACAGAGCAAUCACUCCCCUCAACCAGCUAGCAAUGCCGUGCUUGUUGUACCCUAGGAUCCUGCCUUAAUCCAGCAUGGAGGUGCUGGUCUCAGUAAUGCUACCUCAUUCAGCUUUGAAUGCACAUGAUUUAAUGGGAAUAAAAAUUCCUAAGCAGAGAUUUGAGGCUAAGUGCCCAGAGCUGACCUCAGAGAUCUCUUCUGAGUAAUACAUAAACUGCAGAUGGUAAUGCACUUCUUCCCCUGUCCUGUCUGCAGUUUUACCAAAUACAGAGACCACCUUAUAAGUCCCUCUGGGACUUACUAGGCAAUCUGAUGGACACAGGACAAUAUAUAUCUGGGCAUCAGCAAACUUGGCUUCUGGCUCAGUGCUUGCACCUCUAUGAUGAAGGGUCAGCCGAUUGUACAGUGACUGUACAAUAAGCUUGGGUUGCAGCUCCCAUAAUUUAGACAGAAAGGAAAAAAGGUAGUCCAAACUUUGAAGGUCUGUUAGAACAUGCUGGCUGCUGCCCUGGUCCUGUAGUUAAGGCUGGUUGGAUGGAAGGUACUUGAUUUUUCCCUUUCAUUCUUUCUCAAUCCAUAGGAGGGGAUCCCCACUAGAAGGGGAACCCAUGAGGUCUUCGAGUCUUGCUGCAGCUUAAUGUGGGCAGCCAUCCCAUUGCAGUUUCUUGAUCAACUUACUGAGUUGUA